CUGUACGCUACUGAAUGGUUUUCGUUUCAGUUUUCUAUUGGAAAGUUUCUGUUGUUCUGGUUUUUAUAUUUGCUAAAAGUUUUGCUUUUAGCAUACGUUACGUUUUUGAACCCGGUGGUUUCAUAUUUCGUUUUCGUAGUCAAAUGCUGUUGUCUAGUAAGCUUCAGUGUGGUUAUUUCGCUGGCACACGACUUCUCCUGGGCUUUCAUUAUUCACGUUUACUGCUUCUACGUUUACGCAGCAAGGCUAUAUCGAUUGCAUGUGGUCACCUUAGUUGCUUUUAGUCGGCUUUUUCGCGGCCAAAAGUACAAUCCAUUACGUCAGCGAAUCGAUUCUUGUCAUUUUGACUCUGAGCAGCUUUUUGUUGGAACUUUGGUUUUCAUAAUUUUGUUGUUCCUCCUACCAACAGUAUUGACCUAUUAUGUCGUAUUUUCCGGUUUUAGAGUUGUCAUCUGCAUAUUUCAAGCCUUCCUCCGAAAGCUAGCUUCAUUGGCAAUCGUCUUAACAGCACUCGCAGAUGCUGAAAUGACAAUAAACUUCUCGAUUUCGAACCAAAUAUUGUGGACUGCAGACAAAUUGUUCAAAGGCAUCAUCAUCUGA